AUGAAACGUUAUAUUUGGCCGAAUAAUGCAAGCCCGUACAUUGCACUCUGGGAUUUACCUGGAGGUGGCACCUCUCGUCAUCCAAGUUCUACAUAUUACAAUGAUAAAGUACUCUAUGCAUUUGACUGCAUUUUACUAUUGACAACAGCUCGUUUUACAGAACUGGAUUUCAACAUUGUUCAGGAAGCUUGUGAAUAUGGAACGCCAAUUGUUUUAGUUCUAACAAAAGUUGAUCAAGAAGUUAGUAAGGAAUUUGAAGAUAAUCCUGAAAAACCGUUAGAGGAUGUCGUCAAAGAGGUUCAGAAUGAAUUAAAGGAAGCAGCAAGGAAAAAAUUAUGGGAAAUCAAUCAAAUUUUGUUAAAAGAGGUUCCGAUCUUUGCAGUGUCAGCAACGAAAUUUAGGAGAGAAUUAAGUAAAGAAUCAACAGGUAAUUGUUCCAGUUUGGGUAUGUGGGACCUAAUUCAAUAUUGUUUAACAACUGCCUAUGGUCGACGAGUACCACCGACAGGCUUACUCGUUAAUUCGAGUUGA